GCGGUAUCAGAGGGAUUCAGAGUUGCCCGGGAGGAGGAAUGGUCGUUUUUGAGAGGGGUUUAUGGAUUGCGGGGUGGCUCUGUGAUGGGGGGCGACAAAGUGUUUUUGGAAAAAGGGGAGGAAGUGACGCUUCCGGUUAUUUAUCAGUCAUUUGAUGCGGGAUGGGAGGAUGCGUCCGUGGAUGAUACGUACUUUUGGGCAUCACCACCCUGCUCAUCCACCCAUCAGCCAUCUCUGGUCAUCACGAGUGACGGGCGCACUGUAUCGAAAUUGGCACUCCAUGCGCAGCUUGUACCUUAUAAAGUCUCCAACCAUGUUCGGUUGUUUGUACCGGAGAAGGAGCAGCUGGUGCAUUCCAUGCGGGUGGAGGUCGGACGACAUGUCAAGUUCGUGGAGGGACGGAAGGUGUAUGUGAGGUGUGCGGUUGCGGAAGUGGUUUGUAGUGUUGAUGAAGAAAAGAACACCAAUGCUUAUAACCUAACAUUCAAAUACCGGCCUCCACCUGCCCCGCAUACCACAUCCCUCCAUUUCCUCUUUUACAGCGACCCCUACCAUACCCUCCUUUUUGACAUCCACCGCGUCACAGUCCACAGUCUUCACCGCCUCGACCUGAGUUGCACUCUCGGGCAAACGGACUCCGCCGCGGUGGUACUAAGAGGGGGGCCCAUGGCGAGGCGAGUUCAUUGUGCGGUUGGUGGAGGGGAUGUGGCAGUUGGGGUUGAGAGGGUUGUGGUGCCAGCUGGGGGAUUAUGUGAGGUGCCGCUGAUUGUUAGACCGAAAAGAGUGGAUGUGGGGAAUGUGGUCUUGAAUGUUGUUGACACGGAUACCCAUGCACUCGUCUCAUCUUGGCUCCUCAUCCCGCACAUCAAAUACCCACCCAUUACUAAAUCGUUUGACAUUACGGUACCCAAGGGUACAUCGCUCAACAAGCGAAUAAGCUACACGAAUCCAUACCCAACUCCCAAAACCUUCCACCUCCACACCCCAACACCCCACCUCCUUACUUUCAAAUCCCCCCAUCUGAUCCUACCCGCGGAAGGAACAGAGUACAUUGGGCUCCGCCUCCUUGCCACCGACGCGCACUCUGGAGACGUAUUGGUGCUUUUGAAUGACGAGGAGGACAGGAUCGAGGAGUGUUUGAGGUUGAGGGUUGUGUAUGUGUGAUAGCGGAGCUGAGGAGGAGGUGCUGUGGCGGUGUGAGUGUGCGUCAGUCAAGGGAACACUUUAGGGAACGUACCAUGGAUAGGUCCAUAGAGUCGCCCGGAUCAAACGAUCGUCUUCUAUGCGGUUUAUACUGUUUUGGGACGGGCGUGAUAACCGAGUGGGGUAUACUCACUCUAAAACACAAAUGGUCAAUAGAGUCUCA